GGAAAAGCUCAGCUCUUACCCAGUUGCAAUGAGUCCGCUUCAGCUGGUGACCGUUCUCCUCCUGGUUUCUCUGAUUAACUUGGCUCUUGGCCAGCUGCCCCGGAAUGGCUGCUCUCCGCGAUUCCAGUACCAGGGCUAUAUGGGGCAGUACAUCGGUUUGGUGAAACUUCGUCAUCCGGUGGCCAAUAACCAGACGCUAAUCCUUCAGUUCUCCCAGCAGGGCUAUCACAAUUUUGAGGAAUACGUGGGCAGCAUUUCGCUGGUGGAUGAUGAUUAUGUGACCCAGGAAAAUCUGCGUCAGGGAUUGCAGAUUCGAUACCGUGUUGAUUUCCCCAUUCCAACAAUACCGCCUAAGAUAACUAGCAUGCAAUUGAAUGGCGUGGAACUUUGCGGUGGCUUAGAAUAUCCCAAACCAAGAACCGGCAUUACGCUGCGAAUCACUUGGUCGCCGUCCCAAGUAUUGACUUUUGGGGCAAGUCCCCCCCAACCUCUGCCGACCAGACGUCAACCCACUUGGCCCCAAGAGGAGAGUCCACAGAUCGACUACAGUGAAACCAGGCCCAGUCAACCAGGACUCGAGGAUAAUGGAGAGAUGUUUGUGGGUAAUGAGUCACUGUCAGUGUUCCAGAAUCUCGGAUGGGGUACUGCCCCGCAGCAGGCGAAUCCGAUUAGGAGUACUACACCCCGGCCGAGGAUAACAAAUCCCGCCCCACAGCGGACGACACCAGAACCUGGUCGAUCUUCUGCCCCCCAGCAGGCGGUGAGAAGCCCAGUAGAGCUCGUUCCCCAGCAGAACCCUUCAUCCAAUGGGAUUCCCUGCGGUCGGGAGAGAGCUAGUAUCACUCCAUUCAUCUUCCAAGGAGAAAGUCUGCAGCGAGGUCAGCUCCCAUGGUUGGUAGCGAUUUUCGAGCGCCGUGAGAGCAACGGACCCGCCUUCAUCUGUGGAGGAACCCUGAUCUCCACAUCCACGGUACUAUCGGCCGCCCAUUGUUUUCGUGCUCCUGGAAGGAACUUGCCCGCCUCUCGACUGGCCGUCUCCUUGGGACGAAACACUCUGGCUAUUCACUCAGAUGGAGAAUUUCGCGGAGUAUCCCAGCUGAUCAUCCACGAAAACUUCCAAAUCAAACAAUUCACGGAGGCCGAUUUGGCGCUGGUCCGGUUGGACGAUCCUGUGAGGUACACGGACUACAUAGUGCCUAUUUGCCUGUGGAGCACCAGCAACCGCAUGGACUUGCCCCAGGGUCACAAGAGCUAUGUUGCCGGCUGGGGACCAGAUGAGACCGGCACCGGCCACACGGAGGUAUCCAAGAUCACCGACCUAAAUAUCGUCAUCGAAUCGAACUGCGUCCAGGAGCUGCCCCAUGUGCUGGUCCAGCCGAGCGCCCUCUGUGCCAAGAAGACGGGAGCAGGACCUUGUGCCAGCGAUGGAGGUGGUCCAUUAAUGCUCCGGGAACAGGAAGUUUGGGUGCUGCGGGGAGUGAUCUCUGGAGGUGCGAUCAACGAAAAGGAAAACACCUGUGAGCUCUCCAAGCCAUCCGUAUUCACCGAUGUGGCCAAACACAUAGAAUGGGUUCGCCGGAACAUGUGGAAUUAAACAGAAAAUGUAGUUUGCCAAAAAAGAAGGCAUGUCGCCUUCCUGAAGAGAUUUCUCCUAAUGAAUGUACUCCAAGUUACGUAAUCGGAAGAUCCAUGUAUUACUGCCUCUUACUGCGCUUUGGGUAAUUCUAAGUGGAUUCAUUAAUCAUUGAAAAAAUAAAUCAAAGCGGAGCAUCUUGAA